AUGCUAGACGGUACGGCGACGACCAUCACGGGCGGAGCGACGUCUGUCAACGUGAAUUUUUGCAACUUUGACAGCUCCAAGAACGGCACGUACGCCUUAAACUUCGGUGUAUCAUCCCUCCCGAGCUGCGAUGUCAAGAACGAGACGCUGCCUACACUCGCGUCGCUCGUAGCGGCCGACGGGUGCACGCCGGACACUUGCGCCGUGACCGUCAACUUCGAAUCGGCAUUGGACUGGGCCGUCGCAUUGCAGAACAACGGAGUAACCAACACUUUAACGGCGCAGCUCACAGCAGGUGGCAAUAGCGACACUGUGACAAUCGCCACGUUCGAGACGACGGCGGCCGCCGUCAUGAACAGCGGCACGGCCAGCGUCUCGGUAUGCGCCACCGAAGUGGACAUCAGUGGCUCGAGGUUCUCGAGCAUUUCCAGUUGCAACAUGGCACAAAUCUGCAGAGGAGCCGGCACCGACACGACGUGCACUAUAGAGCUGAUGAAGGACGCAGAGGUGACCGACGUAAGUUGCGGCGGAGAGAACUGCUCGGGUAAAGUGGCGUUGAGUCAGCCGCUGCCCUGUGACGGCAGUACGGGAGACGCUACGGCGCUCAUUGUGGGCGUCACAGUAGCCAGCAGUACCCAGUCAAACCUCGUGAGUGUGGGCAGUAUGGCGGCGCCGAACUUUACGAUCGGAGACGUCAGAGGAUUAAACGUCGGCAGCUCGGAACUGGUGCUGACAACGGACACUUUCUGUGCCUCUUCAAGUAUCCAACUGAACGUGACGGUGGAAGACGAGACUGUGGAAGUCAGUAGUGUGAAUUCUAUGACUAAUGGAACGGUAGUGGUGGAGCUCGCCUCGCCUUUAAGCAGCGAGCUUACGGGCGAGGAUAUUGAGCUCUCGCUCUCACAGUGUGGCGACGACGCUGUUGCAGGCUCUACAGGCUCCAUAUCGACGCAAGAGGAGAACUCGGACUCGGGACUCUCCGGAAGUAUCGUGGUAGGCAUUAUCAUUGCCGCAGUGGCACUCGCUGGCUUUGUAUUCGAGUACGUCCAUCACAAGAGACGGCAACCAAUGCCUGUAGCUCAAGACUCUUCCGUCAACAACCUCAAUACGCCCGUGUAA